AUGGUGAAAAGAUUUAUAUUCAUUUUUGUUGCAACGACUUUGCUCGCUUUAAGUAGUGGAGUUGACGUAAAAGGUGAAGUUGAUCAAAAACUGAAGCUUCUAAACAAGCCUGCAGUCAAGAGUAUUACGAGUGAAGAUGGAGAUAUUAUCGACUGUGUUGACAUCUACAAACAACCUGCUUUUGAUCAUCCUGCAUUAAGGAACCACACUAUUCAGAUGAGACCCAGUUUUGCUUUCCCAGAUGAGUCUUCAACUACGAAAAAAGAGUCUUCUGGUUCGCCAGCACCAUCUCAAACUUGGCAAAACAGUGGAAGUUGUCCAGACGGAACGGUUCCCAUUCGCAGAGUUCGAAGGCAAGAGUUGUUGAGCGCUGCUUCCCUUGAGCACUUCGGAAGGGACGGCCCGCCAACUUCCUCGGCCGCAGUGAACACGACAACAAGUGAUCACUUUGUAUACCAUAACGGCUCCAAAAUUGCCAUCUUUCCUGUAGCAGACCAUUCGACUGCAUUUCUUGUUGCAACGGGAUAUACUUUUCUUGGAGCCAAAGGAGACAUCAAUAUUUGGAGUCCAAGAGUUGAAUCAUCCGAUGAAUACACUACUGCUCAAAUUUGGCUCAAAAACGGCCUUGGUGACAUUGAAACUAUAGAAGCAGGCUGGAUGGUCAACCCAAAGAUCUUUGGUGAUGCAAAACCCAGGCUAUUUGGACGUUGGACUUUGGACGCGUACCAAACGACAGGUUGCAUUAACCUUAUUUGCUCAGGGUUUGUACAAACUAGCAAAAAGAUUGUAUUAGGUGGAGCCGUCCAACCUCUUUCACAGAAAUGGGGAGAGCAAUUUCAGAUAAGCAUCAGCAUUUCCCACGAUCCGGUAUCCGGCAAUUGGUGGCUAGCCUUUGGUGAUGAGACAGUAGGGUAUUUUCCGGGAAGUAUCCUGAAUUAUAUGAAACAGAGUGCCACCAAAGUUCAAUGGGGAGGAGAUGUUUACAGCAAAAAGGUGAAGCAAAGUAGCCCCCCACACACAGCAACAGCCAUGGGGAGUGGGGAUUUUGCAAAUAGUCUGUGGGGAGUUGCAUCUUUUAUUAAGAACCUGAGGAUCAUUGAUGGCUACAUCCUCCUCAGGUACCCUCAAUGGGUUUCUAAUUUCAGCGAGGAACCCUAUUGCUAUACUGCCUAUAACUACAAGAAAACUCCUGCUGCUGAGCCCAUUUUCUACUUUGGAGGGCCUGGUCGAAACCCUAAUUGUCCAUGA